AUGUCCCUGACGCGCCCAAUUACCCAGCAAACGAAUGGACCAUUGAAUCUUGAGCUUGGACACAUCAAUGACGGGAUCUGCUCCGUCGACACAGCCAUCAUCACCAGCGCGAAUGAAAUUGCCCAGGGCACUAGGCUAUCGAUUCAAUCCCCGAAGCUUUAUUUUGCUCAUUCCUUCUUUGUCGCCCACCAGGCAAUCCGUGGCGAGGACGCAACUGGAUCCCGGUAUCCCAUACCGGGCCGUGUUCCCAUCGUUGUCACCAAUAUAAAUAUAGCAUGUGCUACAAACAAGCUUAGCUGGUAUGGCGGGCCGCUCCUCUGA